AUGUCAACGCAUGAUGCUGAAGCGAAAGCUGUCAACCUUCCACCCAAAAUAUCUACGCAAGUGCAACAUAAGGUCAUGGGAUCAGCGCAAUCAGGACUAGUGGUAGCUGCAUUGAGGAGUUUUACCUUUGCUUGUCAGCCAUACUUGAACUUUCUGGAAUCCACCUCCAGAACCAAGAAGCUGCCCUCUGAAAUGCUGAUGAAGUUCUCUCAGCAGAUGUCUGACACAUUGGAACAUCUGGUGCUGACAUUCGCUGACAAAAAUCUCAUCACUUUAGAUGAGUCAGAGCCUGACAACAUGUCUCACUUCUGCGUCGGCCACAUCCAGCUGGAGCGACCGAAGCUGAGCGUGACUGCAUUCCGCUAUUGCAAGCCCACACCUUACCUGGCAAGGGUGAACACCAGCGUGUUCAAGCGCAUGCGCUGGAAUGUAAGAGGACUUGAUGGAGCAAAAAACAAAGAUGGCAAACCAGUCACAGAAUAUUACUACCUGUGCUAUGAGGAUAUUCCCAAAGUGCACAAGGACGGUGACAAAUCAGAUUCUGCAGUGAUGCGGAUGUGGUCCAUUGGUCGGUGGGUGCAGGUGAAGCCUGACCCCAAAACAGAAGACUUCUUUGACUGGGUGCUGUGUGAGGUUCCAGAAGGUGCCUUCCAGAAGCUUCUGAUCAUGGGCAGUCAAGAGCCACCAAGCUGCAAAGCCACAGACCGCCUGCUGCAGCUUCUGUCAAUGCCAGUCAAAGCAGUCAAGAGCUCCUCAGGCGCCCUCAGGACACAAAACUGA